AUGCUCUCACGCGUUGCUGCAGUGAAGGCACCCCGCACACACAACCGUUGCCGCGUGACCGGAUCCAGCGGAAGGAGGAGGGAGGGAAGAGAGAGUGAGCCGCAGAGGCCCAACAUGUCCCGGCGUGUGUUUACUUCCGCGGUGCUGCUCCUCCUCGUCGUGUUGAUGUGCUGCGCCACCUGUGGAGCUACAGCUGCAACGGAGAAUGAUGGCAACAGUGAUUUAAGAAGUGUUGAGGAGCUGCAAUGGGUCGAUCUAUUUGUGCCGCAGACGACGCAGGUUCUGCCGGAAGGUGGAGGUACUCCAGGGACGAAGCGGAAUGCAUUUGUUUCACCCUCUCUUGUCAGUGCUGGCGGAGUAAUUGCUGCUUUUGCCAGAGGCAUAAUAAAUCCCCAAUAUGACAGUGAUGUAUUAAUUAAGCCACUUUCUUCUGAUGUUGUUGCGGAGUACAUCGACUCUUCGUGGGAUUGGUCCACUCUUGUUGAAAAGGUGAGUGAAAUUACAUGGAGGGCACACACCGUGCUUGAUACAACGGAUGGAACGAAUCGUGUGGGCGAUGUGAUCAACCCCACAACAACAACGAAGGGUAAUAAGGUGUUUCUUCUUGCGGCAAGCUAUGACAGACUCAAUCAGAGUGAUGGGAUUUGGAAAUGGGACAGCCUGGAUCUGAAACUGGUUGUGGGUGAUGUCACGAAGCCUACGGCGAGCGAGCCGAGUGGAUGGAUCACGUGGGGCACACCCACAUCGUUAAGCCAGACUACUUUAAAGACACCCAAUGCUGGAUUGAAGGAUUUUGCUUCUUCUGGUGGCUCAGGUGUUCUGAUGGAGGAUGGCACGCUCGUGUUUCCUCUGAUGGCGAGGAAUGAAGCAGAAUAUGUUUACUCCAUGAUUAUUUACUCGACGAACAACGGUGAAAAAUGGUCGCUCUCAACGGGCGUUUCACCUGCGAACUGCACUGAACCCCGCAUCACCGAGUGGGAGGGAUCACUUCUCAUGAUUGUUGACUGCGAGAGCAGCCAGAGGGUGUACGAGUCGCGGGACAUGGGGACAACGUGGACGGAGGCCAUCGGGACACUUCCAGGCGUGUGGACCAAGUCAAAACCAGAAGUCUCUCCGGAUGUAAGCCUGCAUGUGGAGGCUCUCAUCACCGCGACCAUUGAGGGAAGGAAGGUCAUGCUGUACAUUCAGAGAGGGUACGCCUCGGGGGAACAAAGGGCCACUGCGCUCUACCUUUGGGUGACGGACAACAACCGCUCGUUUUAUUUUGGACCAGUUGCCGUGGAGGAGGCUGCGAAGUGGGAGUUCGCCAGCAGCCUGCUGUACUCGGAUGGCAAUUUGCAUCUUUUACAACGGAGGGCCACUGGUGAAGGCCGUGUCAUUUCACUCUCCCGCCUGACGGAGGAACUGAAGGAAAUCAAGUCCACCCUCAGCACUUGGGCGCAAAAGGACGUUUUCUUCUCGAGCCUGUCUAUACCCACGGUGGGUCUGGUGGCAGUUUUGUCCAACGCAUCGGCCAGUGACGACACGUGGAACGACGAGUACCUUUGCCUGAAUGCAACGGUGACGAACGCCACGAAGGUCAAGGAUGGGUUUCAAUUGACGGAGCCUGACUCCGGGGUAAUAUGGUCUGUGAACACUCAGGGUAAUAAUGUGCGCCAUGUAUUUUUGAGCCACGAUUUCACACUUGUGGCGUCGGUGACCAUCGAAGAGGCUCCGACUGCGGACGCUCCUCUACUGGGUGCGCUGUUGGGGGACACCAAUUCCCCGAUUACCAUGGGAGUCGUGUAUACCGCGGAUAAAGAAUGGGUAACUAUAUUCAACGACAAGAGAACAAAAAGUGGCACUUGGGAGCCGAAGAAAGAAUACCAAGUGGCACUCAUGCUGCAAGGCAACAAGGCUUCUGUGUACGUUGAUGGUAAGUUGCUGGGGGAAGAGGAGACGAUGUUAACAGGUGAGACACCACUUGAGCUUGUGCGCUUUUGCUUUGGCGCGUGCGAAACGCACAACUUUCCUGUGACGGUGAAGAACGUCUUUCUGUACAACCGCCCACUGAAUUCCACUGAGAUGACUGCAAUCAAGGACAGGAAACCCAAAGAUGAAAAAGGAAGCAGUGACGGUGAAGAUAAAAAAGGAAGCAGUGACGGCUCCAUGCAUGGGGGCGUGUCGCGGGCGCUGCUUCUGCUGAUGCUGCUGGGGAUGUGGGGCAUUGCGGCCCUUUACUGA